ACGCGUCUGGCCUCGAGACCUGGCCGCCCAAGGGUGGGCGAGGGCUCGGCUGGAGAGAGGCCUCCGACGCGGCACGAUCAGCCUCUCUGCCCCGGCCUUUCGCCCGGGCUGUCGCCCCGGAACUGUGCGCUCUGAGACGUUUCUUAUGGUCGCCGACUUCCCAGCAUGGACUGUGGAAAAGUUGGUUCGGGCUGAACGAGCUCCCUGAGAGCCGCGGCGGGGUCCGGCCAGCUCGCUUCCGGCGUCGAGGUGUCGCUGUAGCUCGUCACCCGAGCAGAGUCCGUGAACAAGCUGAGGAGAAAAGUGCCCCUCAGAUGAGCGUGGUCGGCGACCAGUCUCUCCCGAAGGCGAUGGCAGGGACCCAAACAAGCCGGGUUUGGUGGCUGGCUGCAAACUGAGGGCUGCCAGGCGGGAUGGACCCCUGUGGAGAUCCGGCAGUCGGCGGCGACUGUCCCCACGACAGGGGCCAGGAGGGUCCGCUGCUGGGCACUUUCGUGGACAGCAGCCACAGUGAACAUGAAGACAGAAACAGAAUAUCAGAAGAACUUAUAAUGAUUGUCCAAGAAAUGAAAAAGUAUUUUCCAGCCGAGAGACACACUAAACCCAGCACCCUAGAUGCCCUUAACUAUGCCGUACACUGUGUGCAUAGCGUGCAAGCAAACAGAGACUUCUCAAAUCUUAGUCCACACAGAGCACCUCAGACAGACGUGACUGCGCACGGGCGUGAAGAGCUGGCCGGUCUCGUUUCUGAACACGCUUCCAAGAACACAGAUACCUUUGUGGCAGUGUUUUCCCUUGUGUCUGGACGGCUAGUACACAUUUCUGAGCAGGCUGCUUCGAUCCUGAACUCUAAGAAAGAUUUCUUGACAUCUUCGCGGUUUGUCGACCUGCUUGCCCCUCGAGACAUGAGGGUGUUCUAUGCACACACUGUUCAGAGUCAGCUUCCUUUCUGGAGCAGCCAGACCCAAAGAGCGUCACAGUAUGGAUAUACAUCAGUGAAAUCCUUCUUCUGCAGAAUCUUACGUGGAGGUGGAGACAGAGCACAAAAGAAGCAUUACUCUCCGUUCUGGAUCCUCCCCUAUUUGGUUCAAGUACAUAGCUCUGCCCAGCCAGAACCAGAGCCUUGCUGUCUAGCACUGGCUGAGAAGAUUCACUCUGGUUAUGAAGCUCCUCGAAUCCCUGUAAACAAAAGAAUUUUUACUACAACACACACCCCAGGAUGUGUGUUUCUUGAAGUAGAUGAAAGGGCUGUGCCUUUGCUGGGUUACCUACCUCAGGAUCUGAUUGGAACUUCCAUCUUAACAUAUGUGCACCCAGAAGAUCGGCCUUUGAUGGUUGCCAUACACCAAAAAGUUUUAAAGUAUGUUGGCCAUCCUCCAUUUGAACACUCGCCCAUCAGAUUCUGCACUCAGAAUGGAGAUUAUGUCAUUCUGGAUUCCAGCUGGUCCAGCUUUGUGAACCCCUGGAGCCGGAAGGUUUCCUUUAUCAUUGGUCGGCAUAAAGUUCGAACGAGCCCAUUAAAUGAGAAUGUUUUUGCUACCAGAAUAAAAAAGGCCCCUAAUAACGACAAAGACAUAGCAGAAUUGCAAGAACAGAUUCACAGACUUCUUCUGCAGCCCGUUCAUGCCAGUGCUUCCAGUGGUUACGGGAGUCUGGGCAGCAGCGGUUCACAGGAGCAGCACGUCAGCAUCCCCUCUUCCAGUGAGUCAAGUGGACACUGUGUGGAGGACGCACAGAAGGAGCAGAUGACCUUGCAGCAGGUCUGUGCCAGUGUAAACAAAAUUAAGAAUGUGGGUCAACAGCUGUACAUUGAGUCGAUGGCCAGAGCAGUCAAACCAGUGAUGGACACGUGCAUGGAGCUGCGGGGUGGUGAUGAGCAGAAGGACUUUUCUUCCUCUCAGACACUGAGAAAUAAAAGCAUGGAUACUGGCUCUUGUGAUGACCCGAGGCGAGAACAGCGCAGCUCAUCCUACCAGCAGAUGAGCUGUAUCGACAGUGUCAUCAGGUACCUGACAAGCUACAGUCUCCCGGCCUUGAAAAGAAAGUGCAUAUCCUGCACAAACACGUCUUCAUCCUCAGAAGAAGCCAAGGAGAACCACAAUGCGGAUUGCAGCACAGCACUGCGAGCAGAGGGUGUUGCCUUAGCAUGUAAACCCUGGACCCUGAGAACACAGCCAUCUGCCCUGACUGCGGAAGAAUUUGAGCACGUGGGGCUCACAACUGCUGUCCUCUCCGCACACACGCAGAAGGAAGAACAGAGCUAUGUUGAUGGGUUCCGGGAAAGGAUCCUGACCUCACCCUACAGUUGCUAUCUGCAGAAAAAGAGCAAAAGCAAUGAUAAGUACUCCUGUGUUCAAGGCUCCCCUAAGCAGACCAGAUGUGCUGGAAGUGGGAGGCGGAAGCACAGACGGAAGAAGUUGCCAGUGCCUUUGGACACCAGCAGCUCCGGUGCUGACUUCUGUUCCCAUGACAGAGGACUCCUUCCCAGUGUUCAGCCCUGGAGCCCUUCUGUUGUCUCCUCUCCCCACGCCUCCCGCCUAGCUUUCCCAUCAGGCCUGGUAGCUCCCAACCAGGACCCCUGUCUCCUUUUGUCUUUUCCUCUCGAAGAUGUUGCCUCUCUGGGAGUAGGGGGCUCUGCAGGCUGGGCAGCUGCAGCUGAGUGCUCACCUCUGUCCGCUGGCCCGCAACCUGUUUCAGCUUUCCCCUCAGCUUACUUGGACACGUUCAUGACCGUCUUCCUGCCCAGCCCCCCAGUCUUCCCUCUAUGGUCAGCAUCACUCUCCCCAUAUGCAUUCCUGGGGGCUGCAGGCUCUUCUCAAAUGACACCCUUAAUACCAGCAAUGGCUCCACACCUGGAACCAACUUCUUCAGACCACAGCCACGGGAGAAUGGAGGACAGCUGGGAGACACACGGUGAAGAGCAUCCAUUUAUUAGUUCAAGGAGCAGUUCGCCUUUACAGUUAAAUUUACUCCAGGAAGAAACGCCUGCGCCAUCUGAAUCUCCAGAUCCAGUGAGAAGAGCUGCUGGCCCAGAAGUUGAGUGUCACUGUGUCACAGGGAACGAUGGCAGCAGGAGCAGUCAUCGUGCCGCCGGUGACCUGGCCACACCAUCAGUGCACCAGGAGUCUCUGUCUGCAGCAGCCUCAGGAAGCAGUACCAGCCGUGUACACUUCAGUAGCAGUGACUCUUCUGGAAUUUCUGAAAACGGACAGAGGUCCCAGAAUAGACAGAGAAAUGAAGCCUUGCCCAGGGUGGCCGAAGAGUCUAUCUGGAGAAUGAUAGAACGAACGCCAGAGCAUGUUCUCAUGACAUACCAGGUGCCUGAGAGGAGAAGAGAAGAGGUGCUAAGGGGAGACCUGGCAAAGCUCAGCAGCAUGGAGCAGCAGCAGCCCCAGUUCUCUCCUGCACAGAAGGAGGAACUGGCCAAGGUGUGCUCCUGGAUCCACAGCCAGACUGCCCCUGAAGGACACCUCCAGAUAUGUCUAGGUGUGUGUCAAGGUGACAGAAGCCAACCAGUACAUCUUCUUUAGAUGACAUCAGCACCACAUAACACGUUUUCCUCUGUUCUCUUUUGGAGAGUUGUGUCACCUGUGAAGACAGAGACUCAGUUGGUGACACUGGAGAGGCCCAUGAACAGCAGGCAGCAGAAGACACCAGCUGAGCAACUGUGAGGAUGUCUGUUCACACUUUCUCCAGGUCAUGUGGGACUCAGAGACAUCUGUGUUACUUCACUAAACUCUUUUUUUUGUUUGUUUGUUUUUGUUUUUCGAGACAGUAUUUCUCUGCAGCUUUAGAGCCUGUCCUGGAACUAGCUCUUGUAGACCAGGCUGGUCUCGAACUCACAGAGAUCCGCCUGCCUCUGCCUCCCGAGUGCUGGGAUUAAAGGCGUGCGCCACCACCGCCCGGCUUCACUAAACUCUUAAAUGACAAAGUCAUCAACAUUAAGAUUUUCCUCUUGCUUUUGUUUUGUUUUGGGUAGCACUGCGGGUCAAACACAGGGACUCCUUGCACACGCUAGUCUGGCGCUCUCCACUGCUGACCUGUAUCCCAGCCCUCCCUUCUCGGUCUUGAAUAAGUGAUAUUUUCCCAAUCUCUGACCUAGUGGUCUUCUGAAGGCACCAGAUUGCCUCUGAGGAGGUAUGUGUCUGAGAAGAUUUGAUUUCAGAAGUCCCUCUGAAUAAGUUCCAAGCCUUAGUCCUGUUUGUUUUGUUCUGUUGCUGCAAAAGCAUUUUCCCAUUAGAAUACUUGAAUUCUGUCUGUAGGCUGUGUAGUUCACAUGAUGUUUUCCAUGAAUUUAACAUAUUGAUCUAGGCUUUGUACAGCAUGGUGCUUCCCUUCAUGGUUAUGAUAAAACAUUCCAUCUUUCUCACAGAACAUUAGAGUGCAUUGUUCUCUAGGAAGUGUGGGAGUCAUGGAUUUGGUUGUUUGACCCCAUUCUUGUCCAUGCACUUCCUGUUGAUGUGGGCCUCUCGUGGAAACUCCUUCCAUAAGGUCUGACAGCUUGAACAGGGCUUACUCUGGAGAGUUGAAAUCAAACCUUGCAUGUUAAAAGAGCUGCUUACUCAGCCAAUCGUGUUUUUUAAAGUUUUUUUUUAUUAUAAAAUAAAUGUGAAAAGUUUUUAAAAUCGUGUUAUUGUUAUUCUGGAGAUGUAUGUGCUUAAAUGCUCAGUCUAACAGUUAACUUUUUUUUUUUUGCUGAAUUUACACAAAGAGGCCUUCAUGCCGAUCAGAGGUCAGAUUGUCAUUGCCUUUUGUUUGCCCUUGAACAGGGUAAAUGUUUGGGGCCUGCAGAGUGAGAAACUACACUUAGGGGAACUCGGUGGCCCCAGCCUUCAGGACUGCAGCUCCAUCUCGGGAGUAAGCGUGACUAUUUACCUGUUCGUCCACUCACUGUCCGGUGCUCUAGACUAGAGACGCCCAAGAUUCCUUCUUCAGCUUCCAGUGACUGGAAUCCACCCCGUGCAGCUCAGAGGAAGGAGCUGGCAGGAAAGGCAGUCUGCAGUCUCCUCUCAUGCUCAGUACUUCCAGCAAUCUAACAUAGUUUUCUGUUUUGUUGCUUUGCUUUGUUUCAGGAAAACACUAUUUUCUCUGACAGUUUUUAGCUGUUGAUAAAUGUCCUGUUGUUCUGAUCAGAAGGUCAUGACGACUGCUGGCCCAGUGCUCCAACUCUGUGGCUUAGACUUCUUUUAUAAAAUAAUGGCUUUUCAGGAUGGCAGUCCUAUCAGAAGGUGUCAAAAACAUUCUCAAGUGCUGCCUAUGACAUUCUUAGAAUUUUCUGGUAUUGCAUAGUUCCACACAAAGGUUCCUGCUUGUGGAUUGAGACUUCUCAUAGUCUACUCCAUCCCAGUAGAUGGGAAUGUCAGAGCCUGUGUUGCUCAUGCUGGCCUUCUCCAGUGAAGGGUUGUGGUAUUUAGAGCUACCGGGACCAUUCUGCAUCCAUGCACACGUACAUCAGACCUGAUGUUCUCUUGUAGGAUGGGCCCUUUCCUGUUGGUUCUGGGUACUUGUUUCAUCUACAGCUCCUUAUUUCUUUGCCUUAGUCACCUCUUACGGAGUAUGUAUGUAUUAUCCAGGCUUGAUUUGAAACUGGUGCUUGUAGUCCGGAAAGCCCUUAACCAAGUCUCCCCUCUGCUAGCAUUGCUGUCAGUGCACUCAGAAUCCCUGCUGCUGGGGCGGGUCCAGCAGAGCUUGCUGGCCCCCAUACGGGCCAUACCCAGUGGAAACUGUUGUUCAAGCUUACUGACUUUUAUAGUAUUAAUAACUAUAGAGUUGGUAACAAAAGUAUGUAUUGUAGACUUCAAUGUUUACAUAACUCUUUCCCCCCAAAGCUUUCUUUUCUUGGGUUAUAGGUUCAAAUUUAAGAAAACAAGAUGUUGUGUGAAUGGAUUAAAUGAAACAUCAUUAUAAUUCACAAGGUGGUAAUUUUAAUCAAAUUGGCAGUUUGUUUAUAAUUAUUGUGAAUUUGCUUGUACUUUAAUGGUUAUUAAUCUUUCCAUUGGUUAUCUUUUUUGAGUAAAAACAAUAAACAGUGUAUGCAUAAAA